AUGGAGUUUUCUAAGGCUUCCCUAGCUCUUACUUGUCUGAUGGCAUUAGCCUUGGUCCUCCCCUCCCAUGCCCAGGACACCCCUGAAGACUUCCUCGACGCCCACAACACAGCUCGCGCAGCGGUCGGUGUUGGCCCCAUGACUUGGAACGACACCGUAGCUGCCUAUGCACAAGACUACGCUAAUGAGCGCAUUGGUGACUGCAACCUCGAGCACUCCACUGGACCUUAUGGAGAGAACCUUGCAAUCAGCAGCGGUGACCUUUCGGGCACCCAAGCCGUAAGACUGUGGGUUGAUGAGAAGGUCUACUAUGAUUACGACACUAACACUUGUGCAACAGACAGGGUUUGCGGGCAUUACACUCAGGUGGUUUGGCGCAACUCGGUUCGUCUCGGGUGUGCUAAGGUGAGGUGCAGCAAUGGUGGAACUUUCAUUGGUUGCAACUAUGAUCCUCCAGGCAACUUCGGUGGGGAGAAACCAUACUGA